UUCUGUCCUGUGAUUGGUGGCUUUCUUUCCAGCAGGAAGUUGUGAAAAGAGUUUAAAAGCUGCUGCAGGACUGCAGACAUUCACAGGAAGCUGGACAAGCAAUGGCUCUGCUGAAGGUUCUGCUGCUGCUGGGGCUGGGAGUUUCAGUGAACUCAGAUGUUUCUCUGCAGAAGAGAAUCAUUGGAGGUCAAAACUGUGAUGACACAAAGCGUCUUUAUCAUGUUCGGCUGGAGAACAUCAAGGGUAAUGAAAAAAUCCGCUGUGGAGGAUCUCUGAUCCACCCUCAGUGGAUCCUGACUGCAGCUCACUGCUGGAAGUUGGAGCCAGGAUGGACUAACAUAGCAGUGUUAAAAGUUCAUCCACGGACUGUUAUGCUGCAGUAUCGGGUAAUCCGACCCACUCCUGUGAUUUACGACCCGGGCCAUGACAUCAUGUUGCUGAAGCUUCAGACACCAGUAACAGAUGUCCCAGUUGCUCGGCUACCAGACUGCAGUUAUCGUCUUAAAGUAUUUGAUACAGUUCAGCUGGCAGGAGAGGGCGCAACGACAACCGGCCCCAAUAAUCAGCGAUUAACCCCCCCCGCUGCUAUUCCAGCACAUCUUCAGUGUGUCAACAUGAAAGUUGUUGGUGUUUCCCUCUUCAAGCACAGUCAUGGGUUUAUAUUCCAUGCUGAAGCACCGAACAAGGAUGUCUGCUAUGGUGACACUGGUGGAGCAGCGAUGUACAACGACAAGAUUUAUGGUGUGAUUUCUUUUGGUGAAGAACGCUAUGCAUGUCAGAGACCAGCCUCAAUUUUGGAUGUGUGUGAAUACAAGAGGUGGAUUAGAAGAAGAACUGGUCUUCAAUAAAAAACAUAAACUAUCAUGAAAUAAAAUCCUUAUAACAUUUUCUUUCACAUGUAAUUUUAUCUUCAUCAGUUUGAUCCACAUGUUUGUAGAAUUAGAAUAAAUCAAUAGUUUAGUUUUUUCUCACCUGAUCUUGACCUCCCUAAUGGAGCUUUCUCUUCACCUCAGAAAUGAAAAAUAAAUCAAUAAAUGCAUGAAAAAGAAA